CUGCAGUUGUGUUGGCCACUUAGUUUAAGAGAUGAGCUUCAGCUGUAGGAGGCAGUUGGUGGGGUUGAAGUUGCAAUGCAAUUCCAGUACUACCCUGCUGUAGGAAAUCAAAAGUUCAGAUUUGGAGAUGCAAAUGAUUUUAAUACUUUGAACAAGGCACUGAAAGUCCAUAGUAUGGCGGAACAGAUCAUAAUACAUUCUCCUUCCUUAUGUAUUCAAAACUCUGCAUCUGGAGAAAACCAGGACCAUUUUCAGGGUAUAAGUAAAAGUAGAUGAUUUUGCAGCAGUGCAGAAAGUGAUCAGGACUCAGGCUGGUUCCUGAUCAUGGUCUGAACACUUUGGAAUCCCCAACAAAUAGUCCUCUUCCUUCUGAUCACUCUGCUUGGAAUCUCACCUGGGUCAUGAAAGACUCUUCCCCUUUCUCCCGUCACAGAGGGCAACACAUAUUUGACUGCAACUUUGAAUCAUCUUGUGAGCUGGAAUACUCUCCUCCUUUGAAAGAUAAGGAAAGCAACAACCAGGCUUGGCAGAGAGUGAGUGCAGAGGAGAUUUCCCAGCUAAACCUUUCGGGUGUACCAGAAAGAGAUUACUCUGAGGAUUCAUCAAGAGGUUCAUUUCUGUUCCUUGAUGCAUCAUAUAACAUCAGCCCUGUCAUCCUGAGCCCCUGGCUGAGAAGCAGUAGUGAUCACUGCACCGUGCAAGUGGCUGUGUACAUGCAUCUCCAGCAAAAUGGAGAAUAUAUUGCCCGGAUCCACCCCAUUGAUGAAAGCAGCAGUGAAAUCCCAUUAAUCCCAAAUCAGGAGAAAAAUGGAUGGAUGCUGCUUCAGAAGAGAGUUGGACGUCUUGAGAAACCUUUUCGGAUCUCACUGGAAUAUACAGCUAGUGGGAACAGAAGCUUAGCUGCUGUGGAUUCUUUUGCAAUAAAGAACUGCACUGCAGGAUCUCCCCCUGCUUCCAAAAUGGUCCUUGAAGGCUUCUUCAGUUGCUGGAAUGGAACAGUGAUCAAACUGAGGCAAGCAUGUGAUUUCAUCAGGGACUGCACAGAGGGAGAGGAUGAGGGAGACAUUUGCAAAAAACUUCCUUCCAGUUUUUACUGUUCAUUUGAAGAAGGCGACUGUGGCUGGACACAGAGCUCUUCUGCUUCUCACAUUCCUCCAUGGCAGAUUGGGAACCCGGAGUACAGCCGCUUUCCUUCACUAGAAGGCUGCGCGCUUUUGCUGAACACCAGCGAGGCACUUGCAGCAGAAACAACCGUCGUGACCAGCGCUGUGUUUCCAGCUCCAAUUAGAAACUCCCCCUGUGAGGCAAGUCCUGAAUUCUCCUCUUUCUCCUUUAACACUUUCCGAACUCUCAAGUGACCCAGCUCAGUUUUCAAACAAAGCCACUGACAUGCUUGGUGGCUCAGACUGGCACGUGAGGAUAGGUGCCCAUUUUGGGGACCCACGUACAGGCACAAGAUCCAGGUGCCCUGUUACAGUGCACAGCCGAAACAGAAUCUGUGUAUGUAAAAUGAAGACUGUCUGGUUUAUACUGUAAAUGUAAGCUGGUGAGAUGAGUUUUGUAUUAAUGAUCAUCAUAAUUGGGCAUCUAUGUUAAUGCAUCGAUCAGCCAGAACUCUGUAAAUAUAGUGACAAAGGGCCAUACCAUGGGUUUGGCAGCCUAAGUAGCAAAGGGAGAGGGGAAAGAUAGAGAAUUGUCUUAUACCAAUAGUAGCAACCAACAGCAUUCCCUUUACAGGCAAUAGCAAAGAUACACAUGCCUUGGAAGGUUGCAUACUUACUAAACUUGUAGAUGACAUAAAGUAUUGGCUUGUAACAGGCACUCUAGAGGGUAGGAUUAGAAAUUCAAAAUGACUUUGCUAAACUGGAAUAAAUGGGCUGAACUUAAUUGAAUGAAAUUCUGUAAGGACAAAUGCAAAGUUAUGUUCAUAGGAUACAAUAGUCAAAUACACAGAUAUAAAUUAGGGAAUGACUGGUUAGUCUGUUCCACGUGUCGGAGCAGACAUCUGGCACAUGUAUAGGUGCUCAUAAGUUUCACUUGCAAGUCAAGGGAAGUGAUUAUUCUGCUGUUCAGCCCUGGUGAGGCCUCAUGUGGAGUACUGUAUCCAGUUUUGGGCCCCCCCCAAUUCAAGAAAGAUGUGGAUAAAUUAGAAAGAGUCCAGCAAAGGACAAAAGGAAUGAUUAGCAGUCUAGGAAACAUGAUUUACAAGGACACUUAGGAAGAACUGAGAUUAUUCAGUACUGAGAAGAGAAGCCAAGAGCUUUCUGGGUGGCAUGAACAGAAGCAUCAUAUCUAAGUCACAGGAAGUGAUUCUUCCACUCUAUUGAGCACUGGUGGGGUUUCACUUGGAGCAUUGUGUCCAAUCUUAUGGAUUUAAUUGGUGUUGCUGAGUAAAUCAUAUGUGGUCUAGCACCAGCAGUUCACAAAAUAA